GGAACCGCGGGCCGACGGGCGCUAAGGUCUCCUGUAACUGGGGCUGGGCGGAGACGGGUCAGGGAGCCUCCCCGAGUGCGGGGUCGCGGCCGAGACCCAGAGCAGGAGCCCUAGAGACUCUCAGUCGUCGCGUCCCUUCCGACCAGCCCCCGCUGGGCGUGGCGAUGGAGUUUCCGGACCUCGGGGCUCACUGUUCGGAGCCGAGCUGUCAGCGCUUGGACUUCCUGCCACUCAAAUGCGACGCCUGCUCUGGCAUCUUCUGCGCAGACCAUGUGGCCUACGCCCAGCAUCACUGUGGAUCUGCUUACCAAAAGGAUAUCCAGGUGCCGGUUUGCCCACUGUGUAACGUGCCUGUGCCGGUGGCCAGAGGGGAGCCCCCGGACCGCGCUGUGGGGGAGCACAUUGACAGAGACUGUCGCUCGGACCCUGCACAGCAGAAACGGAAGAUCUUCACCAAUAAGUGCGAACGCUCUGGCUGCCGGCAACGGGAGAUGAUGAAAUUGACCUGUGAUCGCUGUGGGCGGAACUUCUGCAUCAAGCACCGUCACCCACUAGACCAUGAUUGCUCUGGGGAGGGGCACCCGACCAGCCGGGCAGGACUCGCUGCCAUCUCCAGGGCACGGGGCCUGGCUUCCUCUUCCAGCACCGUCUCCUCCCCGAGACAGACCGUGGCUUCAACUACCUCUCCCAGCAGGACCCCGGCCCCGUCUCCAUCCCCAUCCCGGACAGCCCCACCAGUGAUUGCUUUGCAGAAUGGCUUGAGUGAGGAUGAGGCUCUGCAACGUGCCCUGGAACUGUCACUGGCAGAGACCAAGCCCCCGGUGCCUAGUUCUCAGGAGGAAGAAGACUUGGCAUUAGCCCAGGCACUCUCAGCCAGUGAGGCAGAAUACCAGCAGCAGCAGGCCCAGAGCCGCAGCUCGAAGCCAUCCACCUGCAGCCUGUGCUAGGGCUCUGGGCUUGGGGAGGGCAGCGCCACUGAGGACUGGGGCCUCACACCUCUGGGGUCCACAGGGAGAGCAGGCUCGGAGCAGCCCAGCGUGGAAAGAGAGGCAGGAGUGAGGAGGCCACCGCCAGAAGCCCUGGGAGCAGCGGCAGCCAGAGGAGCUGAGCUGGCAGAGGCCCCGGGGGGCUGUCUGGGAGAGAGGGCUGGCCCUUGGUAGAUACUGGCUAGGUCCCCCUUUACCUUCUUCAUCAUGUCUUCCCCCUUACACCAGGGCUUCCCUCUCCCCCAUGUCGGGGGCAGGGAGAACCUGGACUGAAUAAAGGAUGGACAGCUUC